AUGGCGUCGCUGCCAGGCGCAAGCCCCUUUUCUCCGGGGAUGGCCGUGAUCAGCUGCUACGAGCGGCUGAGAAUGGAGAUCCAGGCGCUGAUCACGGAGAACAAGGAGCUCAGGAAGCUGGUGGACUUGAUGAAAGAGAACCAGGAGCUGAAAAACGUCCUGCGGAACCAGUCGCUGGGCGGCAAGAUGUCGCUGUCCACGCUCGCCUCCACCAGGUCCAGUGAGAGAGAACAAACCGGUAUCCUCGGCCCAGGUCAGGCAGGGCUCGGCGACAGUGCCAUGGCGGGGGGCCCCGCAGCUGGGUCCCCGCUCUUCCGCCAGAGCACCUCCCUGCUGUGGGACGACUCCAUUGAGGAGGGGCCGCUCGCCAGCAACCUGUUCGGCUCGGGCUCCAAAACGUCCUCCCGGGCCAGCAAGACAUCCCUGUCAAAGCCCUCCAGCCAGGUCUCCGAGGGUCAGGUCUCUGAGGCCAGGGCCCGAACCCCCGAGUCCUCCUACCGGAGCUCCACCGACUCCAGCAAAAAGUACAUGCACACCCGGCUGCCCUCCAGCGUCAAUUUCAAAGCCUCCACAGACAGCGUUCCCCACAGCGCCUCGCCAUGGGACACCGCCCUCAACGACACCGUCUUCAGCGGCGACACGCCCUUGCUCCCGCAGAGUGCCACCUCCCCCACCAGCAGGGCUGCUCCCAUCAGCUUCCAGAUGCCCCCGACCCCACAGGACCCCCAGCGCCCACCAGACGUCAGGCCCAAGGAGAUGACACGCAAGGUCUUCCGAGCCGCCGAUAGGCCCCAGACACAAGGGGCCACUUCCAAGCCCAACCUGGUCAAAGAUCACAACCAGCUGACCUGGGAGCGCAUCGUGGGGGAAAUCGCCUUUCAGCUGGAUCGCAGGAUCCUCUCCAGCAUCUUCCCCGAGCGUGUGCGGCUCUAUGGCUUUACUGUCAACAACAUCCCCGAGAAGAUCAUCCAGGCUUCCACCAACACCAUCUCCAACCAGGUGGAUGAGCAGCAGUGCACAGCGAUGACGCGGCGCUACCUAGAAAUCAUGAACCGCCUGAAGGCAGUGGGGUACAACCCAUGCAUGCACCCCAGCUUCACCGAGUACAUCGUGAACACCUACGGCAUUCUGCGGGAGCGGCCAGAGCUGGCCGCCUCUGAGAGCGGCUCCUACAACAACGUGGACUUCCUGCGCAAGGUGGUGCUGGAGACGGUGCCGGACCCCAUCCGGGACAACGCCCUCAUCCUACUCGAGUGCCUCGCCCAGCUGGCCAAGGACGACGGCAAGCCCAUGUUCAUCUGGUGA